AAGGUUUCACUCGCUCAUGCGUCACUACUGAGCGCCGGAAGUUCAUCUACAACGUGUCGCGAAAUUCACGUGUGUGCUUUUGUCCAACUUGCAAUUAGAAGUCGUAUAAAACGUGCCGAGCAUCCUGUAUAUUUUGGUCUUUUCAAGGUGUCUUUAGCGGGGAAUCAUGGGCCGUAAGUUGGAUCCCACCAUCAAGGUGAAGCGAGGUCCCGGGCGCAAAGCCAGAAAGCAGCAAGGCGCAGAGACAGAGUUAGCCAAGUUUCUAAAAGAUGAUGAAUCGCAGCCAAAACGUCUGUCGAGAAGAGCCAGGAAAAGGAACUUAAAAAGAGUAGCCAACAAUUUGACGAAGGCUAAAGAGGCUGCUGAGGAACAGCCUAAGAAGGGCUUCACCGACGAGAACAGUAAAUGGCUGAAGCCGGCCAAGAGGAAGCGCAAGCUGGAUCAAGCUGAGAGCGAGGAUGACAGCGACGAGCACUGGGAGGAAGAAGACGACGACGACGAUGAUGACGAGGAGAAGGCGGAAAUUGAACAGCCGCCACCAAAGGCAGGAAAGAACCAAGCGAAGAUGAACACACAACUGGGAAUGAAAGAACUGGAGGAAGAUGGCGGCGAUGAUGAUGAUGAUGAUGAAGAAAUGGUCGAUGACUAUGGUGCACUUGAUGACGAAGAAAGCGAUGGAGAAGAGCUUCUUCCCAUUGAGCGCGCAGCCAAGAAGCAAAAGAAGCUGCAGCAAACGAUGGGGGUCGAGAGUGACGACGACGACGAAGAUGAGGACGAGCAUGAGGAGGACAGCGACGACGACGACGACGCCAAAGGCGGCGAAAAGAAAUCAGAUGAAGAAGAAGAAGAAGAAGAAACUUUACAGACCAACAUAGACGACUUGGAUCAGUUCAGGCUUCCUAAGGCGGAGGAGAGUGAAAAGGAAGGAUUCCUGCCCGUCGACCUGAAGUCGAUCCACCAAAGGAUCAAGGACAACGUCGAUGUCCUUUGUAACUUCACGUCGAAAAGAGAGUCGGGGAAAGACAGGGAGCAGUACAUCGCUCUGCUGAUAAAGGAUCUUUGCACCUACUACAGCUACAAUGAGUUCCUCAUCGAGAAGUUCAUCGAGCUCUUCCCUCUCUCGGAGCUGGUGGAUUUCCUGGAGGCAAAUGAAAUUCACAGACCAGUCACCAUUCGGACCAACACGUUGAAAACCAGGAGGAGGGACCUCGCUCAGGCCCUGAUCAACAGGGGAGUGAACUUGGAUCCCCUUGGAUCGUGGUCCAAAGUGGGUUUAGUCAUUUACGACUCCUCUGUCCCUAUCGGUGCCACUCCGGAGUACCUAUCGGGUCAGUAUAUGCUGCAAGGCGCCUCCAGCUUACUGCCAGUCAUGGCGCUCUCGCCCCAGGAGGGGGAGUCCGUGUUGGACAUGAGCUCAGCCCCGGGAGGAAAGACCACCUAUAUAGCUCAGCUAAUGAGGAACACGGGAGUGAUCGUGGCUAACGACGCCAGCGCCGAAAGACUGAAGAGCGUGGUGGGCAACAUCCACCGUCUGGGGGUCACCAACACGCUGGUGUGCAACUACGACGGCAGGCAGUUCCCAAAGGUGCUGGGGGGCUUUGACCGAGUGCUACUCGAUGCGCCGUGCUCCGGCACUGGCGUCAUCGCGAAAGACCCCGCUGUGAAGACCAGCAAGAGCGAAGCCGACAUCCUGCGCGCCGCCCACCUGCAGAAAGAGUUGCUCCUGUCCGCCAUCGACUCGGUCAACGCCGAGUCCACGUCGGGCGGAUAUCUGGUCUACUGCACGUGCUCCAUCAUGAUGGAGGAGAACGAAUGGGUGGUGGACUACGCGUUAAAGAAACGGAAUGUCAAAUUGGUUCCCACCGGACUGGAUUUUGGCAAGGAGGGCUUCACCAGGUUCAAAGUGCGUCGGUUCCACCCUUCCCUGCGGCUCACCAGGCGUUUUUACCCCCACUCUCACAACAUGGACGGCUUUUUUGUGGCCAAGUUUAAAAAAUUCUCCAACGUGAUUCCAGCUGCACCCGCAGCGGAAGAAAAAGAAAAGGCGGACACUCCUGAUGAAACGGAGGGGAACGAUUCUCCGAAGAACAAAGUGGACAAAACCAAGAAGGGCGUCCCCGGUAAGGCAAAGCAGGAGGCCAAAACAAAUGGAACAGCAGCCAAGAAAGGGCCUCACUUCCAGGCUAAAGGCAAAAAGAAUUCGCCCGCUGGACCCAAAAAAGCCAAGAGGGCCAAAAUGGACGGAGAGGCUGUGACGGGAAAAGACGCCGAUGCACCGACAACGGUGGAGAUGAAAGCAAGGAAGCCGAAGACUGGGAGAAGUUUUGGGAAGAAGCAAGCCAACCUGGGGAAAACACCCAUGCAAGCAAAGAAUAAAAUGUCCAAGAGGAAGAUGGUCAACAAAAAGUGGACACAGAAACAAGCAAGAUCAUGAGCAUUUUAUUCUUGAAAAUUUUAGACGGUUAUUAAAAAAAAAAGAACUCUGUUGGGUCACUUCGGAGCUAUCAAACAAUAUAUUCGCAAAGCUCUCAAGAAACUUACAAACGUUAUGUAUUUUGUGUCGGGUUUUCUUUCUGUUUGGCCUUUGACUGAAACACAGUACACGAAUGGGAUUUCUUGUAUAAACCUGACGCAAUACAUUUUUAAAAGAU